CGUUUCUAAUUUGUCAACAGUGAAUCAGUUUGACGAUCAAACUCCAAAAGAAAUUAAUCGUGUUGUUAAAUUGGGAUUUUCAAAGGUUUUAUUCACUUUUAUUCUACGUUAACGUCAUGAUUGCUUCUUCACUCUUUAGACAUCAAUUCGUAUCUGUCUCUAUUUCCCACUUAUUAUUUAGUUGCAAGACUGGUUAGUGUAGUCGAAUUCGUUUGUAUGUUGUUCUAGAUUAAUAACAACAACCAACUUUCUUUUUGUCGCGAUCAUUUAUUAUUGGGUUGGUGCAUAAUUAUUGCGGCUUUUUUUCAACAAAUUUUAUUCAACAAAAACAAUAACAAUAUUUAACUAGAAAAGCACUCGGAGAGCGCAGACCUCCGCCAAACCAACAGGAGCAGCACGACGACCACCACCACCAUAUCACAACCACCACCACAACAACCAACAUCAUCAGCAGCAUUGUCAUUGCUUCCACUGCAACCACAAACACUACCGUCAACGUUAUCAUGACGGUUACCUUGACAGUCACUUUCACCACCACAACCAGUAUAACCACUACAAUACCACCAUCACACAACUAACACUAUCAUCAACACCACUAUUACCACCAUCACCUCAGCAUCACACUGCUCCUGUCGCGAUUAUAACCACCGAUACUAUUUUAUCCUCUUCCCAUACUUAUUUCGACCAUCAUCAUCAUCAUCAACACUGUCUCUGCUUUCACCACAAUCACUGUCAAAACUACAAUCACCACAAUUAGUUUCUUUACACAGUUGAAAACCCAUUAUUCGAUACUCAUAGGACAGAGAUUGUUGCAGAUUUUUGAUUUUUCUAAUUUCGGAGUGCUUUAUUAAAAUUGCAUCUACAAAAUGGAACAAAAUAUAUCAUACCAAAUCAGACUGGAGUCUGAUUUGGUUGGUAUGGUAUAUUAUUAGUGGUGUGCGCGCGCGUAUGUGUGAUUUCCGCUUUUUGAUGUUGAAUUGAUGUUUUUCUUCCUGUUUUCUUUCAUUGUUUCUCUGUUUCCAUUUUUAUUUUAAUGAAAUCUGUGCGCUAUCCGGAACUUCCAUUAACAGAUAAUAAUUGAUUGGACACCCUUAAUCCGCAUUCGUUCGUGUUAUUUUCAUUUCGAAUCUCAACAAUAAAGGGUACAUAGUUUGAAAAAAAAAUCAAAACAUAGAUAUAUUUAAUAAAUAUUGAAACAAGGGGUAGCUGUAAUAUUGUAAUAUACACGCUGAUAUAUCUGUGAUGGAAAGUGCAUUUAAGGACACCAGGUCGUGUUCAUUGGCGCAAUGUGACAAGAUACGAAUUGAUGUCUACAGUCAGGAAGCUACCCGAACGUUUAUGUCGUAGAAAUAAAGUGGAGGAAACAUUUGAAAAUCCCAGUCUAACAACGAGAGAAUUUCUUUAGGAGUUUCGUCAACACAGCGAUUCACUGUUGACAUGUUAGAAGCGAUUAACAGACAACAUUGGCAUACAGGAUUUAUUUUAAAUUGGAUACACCUUCAAUAUCUAAUCUUUUAAAGUCUAAGGGAAAAUUUUAUGUAUGACAGAUAUAACCCUAUUAAUUGAUGGUGGAAUUACUGUGAAAUAUUUGCUUUAAUAGCAACGUUUCUCUACCUCACUGUCUGAUGCUUUUCCCUUUUAAUGAAACUUGAUUAAAUUUUUGAAGGUGUUUACAACACCUCUUAGAUGUCAGUGAAGAUUACAGUUGAUAACAAUAGACUGAGUUUUUAUAUUCUUUGAAGAGCUGUUCAAAAUGUCAGAAACUACACCAUAUCUCUGUGAAAUCUGUGGUAAAAUUUUCCCUGAAAUGAUUCAAUUACAUAAACACAUAUGUAUUCAUACAGGGGAGAAAUUUCACUGUGGUAUCUGUGGUAAAUCAUUCUCUGCCAAUAGUGACUUAAAUAAACACCUACGUAUCCAUACAGGAGAGAAACCAUUUCACUGUGAUGUCUGUGGUAAAUCAUUUUCUUUAAAUAGUUCCUUAACUAGACACAAACGUCUUCAUACCGGAGAAAAACCAUAUCAUUGUGAUAUCUGUGAUGAAUCAUUCUCUGAGAGUGCUAAACUGAGUAGACAUAAACGUAUUCAUACAGGAGAGAAAUUUCACUGUGAUAUCUGUAGUAAAUCAUUUUCUGAGAGCACUAAACUAAAUAGACAUAAACGUAUUCAUACAGGCGAGAAGCCAUAUCACUGUAAUUUCUGUGGUAAAUCAUUCUCUUAUAACAAUGUUUUGACUAACCAUAAACGUAUUCAUACGUUGGAGAGACCAUAUCACUGCCAUUUUUGUGAUAAAUCAUUCUUGCGAAAUAGUGACUUCACUAAACAUAUACGUAUGCAUACAGGCGAGAAACCAUUUCAGUGUGAUACCUGUGGCAAAUCAUUCUCUGCAAGUAGUGACUUAACUAAACACAGACGUAUGCAUACAGGAGAGAAACCGUUUCACUGUGAUCGAUUUCAUUGUCAUAUCUGUGAUAAAUUAUUCUCUACAAGUAGUGGCUUAACUAAACAUGUACGUAUGCAUACAGGAGAGAAACCAUUUCAUUGUGAUGUCUGUAGUAAAUCAUUUUCUGCAAGUAGCUCCUUAAGUAGACACAAACGUCUUCAUACAGGAGAAAAACCAUAUCAAUGUGAUAUCUGUGAUAAAUCGUUCUCUGACAGCACUAAACUGAGUAGACAUAAACGUAUUCAUACAGGAGAAAAACCAUAUCACUGUGAUUCCUGUGGUAAAUCAUUCGCAGGAAGUAAUGACUUAUGGAAGCACAUACGUAUUCACACAGGAGAGAAACCAUAUAAGUGUGAUACCUGUGGCAAAUCUUUCUGCCAUUCCAAUGAUUUAACUACCCACAAACGUAUUCAUACAGGCGAGAAACCAUAUAAGUGUGAUAUCUGUGAUAAAUCUUUUUCUCAUUCCACUGAUUUAACUACCCACAAGCGUAUUCAUACGGGUGAGAAACCAUUUCACUGUCAUAUCUGUAGUAAAUCAUUCACUGGACGUAGUGCCUUAACUAAACACCUACGUAUGCAUUCAGGAGAGAAACCAUUUCGCUGUGAUGUCUGUGGUAAAUCAUUCUCUGAAAACCCUAGAUUAAUUAGACAUAAACAUAUUCACACAGGGGAGAAGCCAUUUCACUGUAAUUUAUGUGGUAAAUCAUUCUCUUACAAUGAUCUUUUAACCAACCAUAAACGUAUUCAUACGUUAGAGAGACCACAUCACUGCCAUAUUUGUGGUAAAUCAUUCUUACGGAAUGGUGACUUAACUAAACAUGUACGUAUGCAUACAGGUGAGAAACCUUUUCCUUGUGAUACAUGUGGCAAAUCAUUCUCUGCAAGUAGUGACUUGGCUAAACAUAAGCGUAUUCACACUGGAGAAAAACCAUUCUGCUGUGAUGUUUGUGGCAGAUCAUUCUCCAGAGCUAGUAUCCUAUCGAAACACAUACGUGUACAUACAGGAGAGAAGCCAUAUCAGUGUGAUAUCUGUGGUAAACCAUUCACUCAUAAAAGUGUUUUAACUAUCCACCAACGUGUUCAUAGUGGGGAGAAACCGUUUCGUUGUCAUAUCUGUGGUAAAUCAUUCUCUGGAAGUAGUGACUUAACGAAACACAAUCGUAUUCAUACAGGGGAGAAGCCAUAUCUAUGUGAUAUCUGUGGUAAGUCUUUUGCUGAAAAACGCAACUUAACCGCACAUAUAUCUAUCCAUACAAAAAUGUGACUGUCUCUUAGAAUUGGUUACUGCUCACAACAACAGUCAACAUUUUACGACCAUUUUCAUCGUUAAAUCCUGGUUUAGCCACGUGAACUGAACAGUAAUUAAUGAACCAGUGACAUACUAUAUACUCACCAUGAUUCCCUUUUUGAGGUACUCUUUUGCAGCAUAUGAGAUAUAUGUAGUUUAUUUGGACACAUCCACUUUGUUAAAAUUCACAAUAUUAAAAAAAAAUAACUUGUAUAUCCAUAAAUGUAUUCAAACUGGACUGAAGAUAUAACAUUGUGAAAGCAAGCUGCAGUGACUAUAUUUUUUAUCAUCACAAUUACAUCUACAUUGCUGAGAUAACAUGAUAUAUUAAAUAAAAGCAUACUUAUGUAUAUUCCAUAUUUUUCCAGGUCAGUGAAAAAUACUGUUGAUACCUAUAUCUAAAAAAAAAAAAAAAGGAGCACUCCAUUGGUUACGAUGACAAGGGUUCCAGCUGAUACGAUCAAUGGAACAGCUUGCUUGUGAAAUUAACGUGCAAGUAGCUGAGCAUUCCACAGACGUGUAUCUUUAAUGUAGUUCUCAGGGAGAUUCAGCGUGACACAGGGUGUGACAAGGCUGGCCCUUUGAAAUACAGGUACUACUCAUUUUUGCCAGCUGAGUGGACUGGAGCAACGUGAAAUAAAGUGUCUUGCUCAAGGACACAACAUGUCACUGAGAAUUGAACUUAUGAUCAUGAACCAACUACCCUAACCACUAAGCCAUGCACCUUCACUGAUACCUAUAUAUGAUAUAGGUAAAUAAUUGAGAAAUUUGUCUUGUAUGCUGAAAGAGAACAGAGAUAAUUUUCUGAAAUUGCCUUCAAAAUGCAGAUCUCUGUGUGUGUGUGUGUGCGUGUAUAUACAUAUAUGUAUAUGGACAGUUGACGAUUUUCCUUCUUCUCCAGACUUUUCCCUUUCUCCUUUCUCAAGCCAUGCUUGAGACAUUAAAGACUCCCUUCGUUCACUGAGCAUCUAACUAAUAUAAUUCUUGUGCACGUCCUCACACGCGUUUCGUUUUCUUUUUCCUCUCUAUUUGUUUUUUUGAAUUGAGUAUUUGUAUCUACCAGCACUUUAUUAUCUCCCUUUCUUUCAAUUUUUUUUCUUCUAAUCAUUCGCCAAUGCUUGACUGCUAAAUCUACAAGAUUUUUUUCCCUUCACUCUGUUUAUUUUCUCAUGUUCCUUUCUGUUGAAGAGUGUAGGCUCAAAACGAAAAAAGACUUUUCCAUUUUCCCGAGCGUCAAACUAAUAUACCUGCUCGUUGUUCAUACACCUGUCUUUGUCUUUUGUGUUCCUAUAAAUUAUAAAAAGCAAAAGUUGUCUGUACAUUGACCACUAAUUUCACCAAAUAAAAUUGAUAAGUUUU